AUGGAAGCCGUGUUGAUGAGAGAAAGAAAGAGGUGCAAGAUGGCUUUUACCAAGAGUGACGAAGUUGAUGAUGGAUAUGGUGUCCUGAAAGAGUCAUGGAGCAUAGGUUAUUUUUCUUGUAGUGAUCAGAAGAGCACAGAGUCCGCCAUAAAGAAUCUUGAGGUCCAAGUGGGACAACUUGCAAAGCAAUUGGCGGAUAGAUCAUCAAGCAGUUUUACAGCUAAUACAGAGAAAAAUCCCAAGGAGGAAUGUAAAGCUGUGAUGACUAGAAGUAGAAUGGCAAUCCAACGAGAUGAUAGUGAAGCUGGAAAGAAGAUGGAGGAACAUAAACAACAGCUGGCACCUAAGCCAGCACUUGAACCUGUUUCUGAUUUUGUAGAACUUGAAGAGAUUAAUGAGGAGACUGAAGAUGACAAGGAGGAGAAGACACCAAUAAAAAAACUGGAAAUUACUUUGCCCUUUAGAGAAACACUUCAACAAAUGCCACUCUAUGCCAAGUUUUUAAAAGAUAUGUUGACGAAGAAGAACCGGUACAUCCACAGUGAUAGAAUUGUGGUGGAAGGCAAUUGUAGUGUUGUGAUUCAACGCAUUGUUCCGCCUAAGCACAAAGAUCUUGGAGUUGUCACAAGACUAUGUUCUAUUGGUGAGGUUGUUGUAGGAAAAGAUCUCAUAGAUUUGGGAGCUAGUAUCAAUCUAAUGCCUCUCUCCAUGUGCCGACGACUUGAAGAGCUUGAGAUAAUGCCUACACGCAUGACCCUUCAGUUGGCAGAUCGCUCCAUCACAAGAUCGUAUGGAGUGAUUGAAGAUGUUUUGGUGAAGAUGAAACACCUUAUAUUCCCAGCUGAUUUUAUUGUGAGACAUAGAAGAGGAUGUAGAUAUUCCUCUCAUUCUUGGUCGCCCAUUCAUGUCUACUGCAAGUUGCGUAGUAGAUAUGGGAAAGAAGAUGUUACAAAUGGGCAUAGAAUAUCAAAGAAUCAUCUUUGA